GCUUCCCCCGAAUUGACCCUCGACUUCACCUCACAUCCGCCGUCUGUCGUCCGAUCUUCUCCCCCCUCCGCAGAAGCACUGCAGCGUUGCAGCACCGCUUUCUUUUACCUCCUCGCGUAUAUCUCCAGAAGUGAUGCGCAGCGUCCCAUCAUGUCCAACGUCCUCUCCCUCAUAGGCUGGGCCUUCUUGCCCAACCUCAUCACAGGCUGGGUGCAGUCCAUCUACUACGGCCUCGUCAUCCGCGCCGGCGACCCCAAGCCGCAGCCCGGCUCCGCCAAGUACGCAACCCACCGCCGCCGCAUCCACAUCCUCGUCGUCUCCUUCUACCUCGCCUACACCCUCAUCGAGGCCGACCGCACCCUCCGCCUGCAGGGCACCUACUACACCGACCUUGACGUCGCCGUCAACGCCCCCGUGCGCAUCAUCAAGUCCCGCUUCCGCCGCCUCGCCGCCGUCCACCACCCGGACAAGGCCGGCCUCGCCGGCGCCGACACGAGCGUCGCCACCGCCCGCUUCAUGCACCUCAAGACCGCCUCCGAGACCCUCGCCGACGCGGCCCGCCGCUUCGCCUACGAGCGCUUCGGGCCCGAGGUCGCCACCUGGCAGAACUGCAAGACCGUCCACGACUACGUCUCGCGCGGCGUCCUCCAGGGCACCGUCCCCUACUACGGCAUCGCCGUCGUCGGCACCUACACCCUCGGCCUGCUGGGCUACAUCAACUGGGGCCGCUACUGGCGCUGGCUCAUCAUCGUCACCUUCUUCUUCGCCGAGCUCAUCGUCGUCACCCGCCCCGAGAUGCCGCCCCUGCUCGCCGCCGCCAACACCGCCCUCGCCACUGCCCUGCGCCGCACCCCCUACCUGCAGUUCCAGCUCAUCUCGCUCGCCCGCCAGGCCGCCUUCACCAUCUACAUCGCCUUCGGCCAGAUCGGGCCCCUGCUCGACCAGAACGCCCAGGCCGCCCAGAGGGCCGCCGAGAGCUCCGCCGCCGCCGUCGACGAGGGCCUGCAGCGCCUCGAGGCCCUUACCCGCGGCCUCGACGGCGAGAUGGGCCGGCUGCUGGACAUGGAGAUGACCCCCUUCAAGGGCGACAGGGAGGCCAUCGGCAGCGUGCGCUCCAAGAUCAAGGACUGGCUCGUGCAGAACACCAUCCGCGCCGAUCCCAUGGUGAGGGACGCCAUCGGCAAGUCCAUCCAGAAGCGGAGGGUCGACGCGCCGGCAGGUGCCCGAGGCAACAGAUAGGCAGUGACGAAGACUGGGACGUCGUGAGACCGGUUAGAGGAUUUCCGUGUGUAAACUAGACAAUGUAACACAAAAUAAGUCAGUUGGAACUUAAACUUGCCUUGGUGGUGACGAAACUUCAGACAUCGAAU